GGCGGCCCCGCGCGGGGCACGCCGGGAAUAUGGAGAACUUCUCGGCGCUGUUCGGCGCGGCCGAGCCGCCGCCCGCCGCCGCCGCCGCGCUCGGGUUCGGACCCGCCAAGGCGCCGGGAGCCGGGGCCGCGCCGCCGCCCGCCGCCUCGGCCGCCGCCGCGCCGCCACCGGGCGAGGACGCAGCCCGCAAGGCCGCCGCCGGCCCCUUCUACCUGCUGCGGGAGCUGCCAGGCACCACGGAGCUGACGGGCAGCACCAACCUGAUCACACACUAUAACCUGGAGCACGCCUACAACAAGUUCUGCGGGAAGAAGGUGAAGGAGAAGCUCAGCAACUUCCUCCCCGACCUGCCCGGCAUGAUCGACCUGCCUGGCUCCCACGACAGCAGCAGCCUUCGCUCGCUCAUCGAGAAGCCGCCCAUCUGCGGCAGUUCCUUCACACCUCUCACGGGGGCCAUGCUGACCGGCUUCCGCCUGCACGCCGGCCCGCUGCCUGAGCAGUGCCGGCUGAUGCACAUCCAGCCCCCUAAGAAAAAGAACAAGCACAAGCACAAGCAGAGCCGCACGCAGGACCCCGUCCCCCCAGAAACCCCCUCGGACUCCGACCACAAGAAGAAAAAGAAGAAAAAGGAGGAGGAUCCAGAGCGGAAGAGGAAGAAGAAAGAGAAGAAGAAAAAGAAGAACCGGCACAGCCCCGAGCACCCAGGGGUGGGCAGCUCCCAGGCCAGCAGCAGCUUACGGUGAGGCCGCGCCAAUCUGGGGAUCCCCCGGCCCAUGGGAACGGCCCCGGCUGACCCCAGGGACACUGGGGCUGGCCUGCCCUCUCCCCCAGCAAAGGGGACACCCUUGCAGCCUCCCAGGACCAGGAGCAUGGACUCUGUGGGUGCCAUCCUUGAACUUUUGUACCUGAAGAACCCAGAGCAUUGGGRUCUCCUUUUUAGUCACCUUUUAAUUAAAGUCUGCUCUAAGGAGGGGCUGGURGCAGUGGCUGCUGUGACCCGCGGCUGUCAUGGAGGAGCCCAGACCAGAAUGACCCUGCAGCGUGCAGGGCACCCUCCUUUGGAUCCCAAAUCUCACCAGCACCUGUGACACCUUCCCUGGAGCCGCUUUUCCCAUGCCUGGAAAAUCCUUACCUGCUSCCCAAACACAGCUCCAAGGUGGUGCCUCCCCAAAACCGGGGCAGGCUCAGCUCUUACCAGACCCCCUUCCCUCUCCCCCUCGGGAUCGGGGGCAAGGCCA